AUGCUAUUAAAAGCGGACACUGUUGCGGGGGGCAAGGGACCUCUUUUGGCAGGUCAAUCCAGCUUGCCCUCUCUUCCCGUUCCUCCGCUCGAACAGACUUUCAAAAAGUACCUGCGCACCACCGAACCUCACCUCAGUUCGGCCGAGUAUGAAGCUACGAAAAAGGCGGUAGAGAGCGCGCUUUCCGGCUCAGAUUCGAAAACGUUUGGCGAAUUGCAAAAGAGGUUGCAAGCUCGUGCUGCGGACCCAAAGCAGGAAGGCAACUGGCUGGCUGCAUGGUGGAACGAAGCAGCAUACAUGGGCUACAGAGAUCCCGUGGUGCCCUACGUCUCUUACUUCUACGCUCACAAGGAUGAUAAGAACCGCAAGACCGGUGUGAGCCGCGCAGCCUCGCAGCUCAAAGCCAUCCUAGCAUUCCGGAAGUUGGUCGAGAGCGAAGAGCUGACGCCGGAAAAGACAAAGGCUGGACCAAUGUGCAGCGCUUCUUACCCGUGGAUGUUCAACUCUUGCAGACUGCCAGUCAAACCCGUGGACCAGGCCACCAAGGCCGAUCCUCGCGAGAACAACCACGUAGUUGUGGCCCACAAGGGUCACUUUUAUGAGUUUGAACUGGUCGUCGAUGGUCAGGAACUCAGCGCGAGCGAGAUCGAGAGGUGAGUCAACGCGAUGAGUGGGACGACGGGUGUGUGAGUGAGAUGGUGUCGCGAUGCUGACACGUAUGCCGUCACCACACUUUUGCAGCCAAUUGCAAGCCGUCUUGGCCGAGAACGUCGAGGCAGCGGCAAAGCCCAUCGGCGCCCUCACUUCGGACAACCGCGACAAGUGGGCGGAUGCUAGAGAGGCGCUCCUUGCCGUAGGCAAUGGUGGAGGCGCCAAGAACAAGGAUGCGCUGGCGCGAAUCGAGAGCGCAGUGAUCGUCAUAGCGCUCGACGAAGCGCCCGUGCGAACAAUCGAGGAGGUGAGCAGCGGCACGACUCGAGAGCGCCGCCGUGCGCAUGCUGACACACAUCGUCACCUCUGGCAGCGUUCUUGGGCUCUUUGGUGGGGCGAUGGCAAGAACCGCUUCUACGACAAGCAACAGCUGAUCGUGUCGUCGAACGGAAAGAGCGGAUACAUGGGAGAGCACUCCACCAUGGAUGGUACGCCCACGCUGCGCAUGAACGACUUUGUGCUCUCUGCCCUCGCUGCCAACAAGAUCGAUCUGGGCGCGACGGGUACGCGCGACUCUUUCCCCAAGCCAAAGAGAUUGCAGUGGCAACUCGAUGGCAACGUCGAGGCGCGCAUCGAGGACUCGCUGAAAGCUUUCGAGGCGCUCAAGGCGAAGCACGAUUUGGCCAUCUUGGACUUUCAAGGAUACGGCAAGGAGGCCAUCAAAAAGUACAAGUGCAGCCCGGAUGCUUGGGUGCAGAUGGUCAUCCAGUUGGCCUACUUUAAAAUGUUUGGCAAACCCUGCCCCACGUACGAGUCUGCGCAGACGAGAAAGUUCAAGUUUGGGAGGACGGAAACGAUUAGGAGUGCUAGCGCGGAGAGUUUGGCUUUCGUCAAGGCCAUGGAGGCGGAUGGUGUGAGCGACGAGGAGAGGGCGAAGCUCUUCCAAGCCGCUGUCAAGCAGCACUUGACGUACGCCAAGGAGGCGGCGGAUGGACAAGGAGUGGACCGACACUUGUUUGGUCUCAAGAAGCUGCUAAAGGAAGGUGAAGCGCUGCCCGAGCUGUACAAGGACGCAGCGUACGCAAAGACGUCCAACUGGAACCUGUCCACCUCUCAAAUCUCGAGCGAAAGCUUUGACGCGUGGGGUUAUGGAGAAGUGGUGCCGGACGGCUUCGGAUGCGCAUACGCCAUCAAAUCGAAUGCGCUCACUUUUACCCUCACUUCGCUCAAACUGGACGCUCCGGCGCUCAGACACUACAUCAACGAGUCUGCGCUGGAGUUGAGAGACUUGCACGACCGAUUGGCUGCAAAGAACUCUGGAGGCGCCAAGCUCUAG